AUGAAAAUUUAUACUAUUUUAUUGCCUCUGCUUUAUUGUUAUUCAGCGUAUGCUGAACAGGAAACCUUAGUGCUUGUGGACAAUCUUAAUAUAAAAGAAACUCACUCACAGUUUUUUAAAUCUUUACAAGAACGAGGAUAUACACUUACAUAUAAAUUAGCUGAUGAUGCUAACCUAGUACUAUCUAAGUAUGGAGAAUACUUGUAUAAGAAUUUGAUUAUAUUCUCCCCAUCGGUGAUAGAAUUUGGAGGACAAAUUGAUACAGAUGGCAUUACUAAGUUCAUCGAUGAUGGAGGCAAUGUACUCCUAGCAGGAAACUCUGCAUCCAGUGAUCUAUACAGGGAAAUUGCAUCUGAAUGUGGUUUUGAGAUGGAUGAGGAGUCUGCAGCUGUGAUUGAUCACUUCAAUUUUGACUCACUUGAUGAUGGGGACCAUACGAGAAUUGUUGUCUCACCUAGGAACCUCAUUAAUGCACCAACUAUUGUUGGAAGUCAAAACACUAAACCCUUAUUGUUUGAGGGCACAGGAUUAAUUUUGGACAAAGAUAAUAGUUUGGUUCUACCACUUUUAACUGCUGACAGUACAGCAUAUAGCUAUAAUCCCAAGAGCCAGGUAAAAGAAUACCCACAUGCAGUAGGACGCAAAACUGUACUCAUUGCAGCUUUACAGGCUAGAAACAACGCGCGCAUUGUUUUCAGUGGCUCCUUAUUCUUCUUUUCUGAUGAUGCUUUUAAUGCACCUGUAUCUAAAGUACAUGGGGAUAAGGUGAAAUCUGAUGAGUCCGGUAAUAAGGAGCUUGCUAUCAAUUUGAGUCAGUGGGUAUUUGGUGAGCGUGGCCAGCUGCGUGUUAAGCAAGUGCAUCAUCAUCGCCAGGGAGAAGAUAACUCAUCUGACACGUACACUAUCAUUGACACAGUGGUCUACAGAAUAGAGAUCGAAGAAUUGAAGAAUGGUAAAUGGCAACCAUUUAAUUCCAAUGAUGUCCAAUUAGAGUUUGUUCGUAUAGACCCAUUCAUCCGAACAACUCUACAGAAGAAACCCAGUGGAGUGUAUGAGGCUAUUUUCAAGGUGCCCGAUGUAUGGGGAGUAUAUCAGUUUAAGGUGGACUAUGACAGAAUUGGAUACACAAGACUUUAUCAUUCAACUCAGGUGUCAGUGCGUCCUCUGCAGCACACUCAAUAUGAGCGGUUUAUACCAAGCGCAUAUCCAUACUACGUGAGCGCCUUUUCCAUGAUGUUCGGUGUUUUCCUAUUCUCCAUUGUUUUCCUAUACUACAAAGAGGACACACCAAAAUCCAAGAAUGAGUAA